GAGGGACCCUGGAGGACCCAUCAUAGAGUGCGAGGUCUUCGGGAAGCACAGACCGGCUCAGGAACUUCCAAACCCGGUGGAGGGCGGGGGUUCUGAAAGGGACGCACGCGCGCAAGAACUUGCUGAAACCAUAGAGUCGAGGACCUCCUGGCGGUACAAACCGGCCUAGGAACAAGUCAUGCAUUUUCCUUUCUAUCACACGGUGGCGCUGCAGCGAGUGAAGGGCACGUGACUACCACUGCCUGACAGCCGCGCGUUGUUUUGCGUCAAUGCGCGACAUAUGCAACGGAGGCGGAAAGGCCCAAUAUCCGGGUCUUAGUUCCGCCAUGUUCUUUGCGCGCGGCGUCUCUGCGCUGGGGGUGGAGCCAGCGGCGGGAAGGGGAAGGGGAAGGGGAAGGAAGCGGAGUCUGUCCUCCCUCGAUUACCGGUCGUGCUGUCACACGUGACUGAGCCGGGUGGCAGUGGAGGCAGCAGCGGGUCGCGAGCGCCCUUCGCCGCGGUCAGGAUGUCGGGCAAGGACCGGAUCGAGAUUUUCCCCUCGCGGAUGGCUCAGACCAUCAUGAAGGCUCGUUUGAAAGGGGCCCAGACAGGUCGCAACCUCUUAAAGAAAAAAUCUGAUGCUCUGACUCUUCGAUUCCGACAGAUACUAAAGAAAAUCAUUGAGACUAAGAUGUUAAUGGGUGAGGUGAUGAGAGAAGCUGCAUUCUCACUUGCUGAGGCAAAAUUCACAGCUGGAGACUUCAGUACCACUGUGAUCCAGAAUGUGAACAAAGCUCAAGUCAAGAUCAGAGCUAAGAAAGACAACGUAGCAGGUGUAACCUUACCAGUGUUUGAGCAUUACCAGGAAGGAGGGGACAGUUAUGAGUUGACUGGCUUAGCUAGAGGUGGAGAGCAGCUGGCAAAAUUGAAGAGGAACUAUGCCAAAGCAGUGGAGCUGCUUGUAGAACUGGCCUCGCUCCAGACUUCGUUUGUUACACUGGAUGAAGCCAUUAAGAUAACAAACCGGCGUGUGAAUGCUAUUGAACAUGUGAUUAUUCCCAGGAUUGAGCGCACACUGUCCUAUAUCAUCACGGAGCUGGAUGAGAGAGAGCGAGAGGAGUUCUACAGGUUAAAGAAGAUUCAGGAGAAGAAAAAAAUAUUGAAAGAGAAGAAUGAGAGAGAGCGGGCGUUACGGAAAGCUGCUGGGGGGGAACAUGAACCUGCCAAUCUCCUAGCAGAAGAGAAGGAUGAAGACCUCCUCUUUGAGUAGCUCUGUUAGAUGGGGAGACCCAGACAGCAGGGUGUUAACUGAUGUAAUUCUGGACAUGCUUUCUGGAUAUUUAUGUGGCUCUUCAUUUGGUGUAUUAGCCUGUGAGCUCCAUUGAUUGUGGUUUUUCCCAAGAUGAGAACUCUGGGAGCUUUUUUUAGUGGGGUGUAGAAGCAGAAAAAAGAGACUAGCAGGAGUCUGGUCUCUGGCAGUAGCAAGAACCUCUCCCUUACACUAAUCUACCACCACCUGUUUUGCUUAAUGGCUACUGAAUCUUGACUCUGUUGAUUAAGGAUGUAUUUAUAGCAAUCAUACCCUCCUUUCUCUCCUUCCUACCUUUAAAACAUAAGGAGUGUUUUCCACUAAGGGAGGGGGAAAAAACCCUAUGUGCAUGUUAACAGGUGAAAGUAGGUGUUGCUACAAUUAACUUGCAAAGUAUUAAUGAUAGAAAAGCUAGAUUGUUCAGGCUCACCUUGUUGCUGGAAGACAUCUUCCAUUUUGUGUAACUAGGAGAAAAUUCACGUGUCUAGUAAAAUAAUUUUAAAUGUUACGGUCUGGUCUCCACCCUAAGUAGGAGAUAAAGUUGCUACUUUCAUGACCCUGGAAACUGUGGCAUAGCAGGCUCAGUAACAGUGCAAGCUUUUCCCUUGCUUUGUAGCAACUGUACCUUAAUCUUGAACCAGAGGGGCCCACUUCCAGUGCUGUCUCCAUGCCCAUUGGACCCUUUGUGUCUCUCCUGAGGUGAUGAAGGGGGAUAAGUGCUAUGGAUCACAUUCUAGUGUAACCUUGACUGAAAUGGCAAAGCCAUUUUCUGUAGGCCACUGAGCAGCUUAAUAUAGGCCUCUAAAAUCCCUGUUGAUAGACAAGGCCAUUCUUCUUCUUCUUCUGCUGAGGGGUUAAACACAGCAGUACAAUACAUGCACAGAGGCAACAUUAUUUAUGGCAUGUCUUACGUUUGGAAUGCAUGAGUUUGAAGGCUGAGUACAUUCCUGCUCCGUGUGGUACAGGCUUACAGCUAGAGCUGUGAUGGGUGUGGUGCUGGGCUUCAGUUCCCACUUGACUAUGAGCUCAGCCCUAAUUUGUAGUCUUCCCUAUCAACUACAUGCAUGCCCCUGAGCUGUGUCCACACUGUUAAGAUACUUAUGGUAUUUAUUUU